AUGAACCGCAGGAACGUCCUCCUGAUGUUGGUGGUAAUUGUGGUCUUUUUCCACCGUUAUGUGGUGGCAGACCCAAAACACCAUCUGAAAACGUAUAUCGUUCAUAUGGACAAGUUGGUUAUGCCAUCUUCGUUUUCUGAUCAUCUACAGUGGUAUGCAACGUCUAUGAGAUCUGUGUCUGACUCCAUGGAUAUGUUAUAUACGUAUGAUUACGUCAUCAAUGGCUUCUCGACCAGGCUCACUAUUCAGGAAGCAAAGCUACUUGAACAGCAGCAUGGGGUCAUAUCGGUUCAAGAGGAGGUGAUAUACAAGCUUCAUACCACUCGGUCACCCGAGUUUCUUGGACUAGAAAAGAGUACUCACAUGAUGCCUCCCGAGUCCAAACCAGGUGGUGAUGUGAUUGUUGGAGUGGUGGACACCGGUGUGUGGCCAGGAAGUAAGAGCCUAGACGACGCAGGGUUUGGCCCAAUUCCCGUAUCCUGGAAAGGCGAAUGUGAGAGUGGUACAGGUUUCAAUGUAUCAAGGUGUAACAAGAAACUAAUCGGAGCAAGGUACUUCUCGAAAGCAUACGAAGCUACGUAUGGCCCAAUUGAUGAAACAUUGGAAUCCAAGUCUCCUAUGGAUGAUGAUGGACAUGGAACACAUACGGCAACUACAGCAGUUGGGUCCAAAGUCACCGGAGCUAGUUUCUUUGGUAUUGCAAAAGGAACGGCACGUGGGAUGGCUCCUCAUGCGAGACUGGCAGUUUAUAAAGCUUGCUGGGCUGGGGGAUGUUUUGGAAGUGACAUACUAGCUUCGAUAGAAAAAGCAAUCGCAGAUGGAGUUCAUGUACUAUCCCUGUCGAUGGGAACAGGUACACUAUUUGAUUACACCCAUGAUGUCGUCGCUUACGCAGCAUUCAAGGCAGUAUCCCAUGGUAUAUUUGUAGCAUGUUCUGCUGGUAACACUGGGCCCGAUCCUCUAAGCUUAUGGAAUGUCGCGCCGUGGAUAGCUACAGUAGGAGCAGGAACUUUGGAUCGUGAUUUUCCGGCUUAUGUUACCCUUGGGAACGGAAAGAAAUUUAGAGGAGUAUCACUUUACGGUGGAAAACCAUUAUCAGGUUCAUUCGUUCCACUAGUUUUUGGUGGUGAUGUCGGUAGCAAUCUAUGUGUGCCGGGUUUGUUGCUAGAGGGAAGAGUUACCGGAAAAAUUGUGACGUGUGAACGUGGCCAGAAUCCUACGGCGGAGAAGGGCAUGGCGGUGAAGGCAGCUGGUGGUGUAGGAAUGAUUUUGGUCAACACGGAUGGAUAUGGGGAGGACGUGGAGGUGGCUGAUGCCCAUGUCAUACCAAGCGCCGCCAUAGGUCAGAGAGAAGGUGAUGCGAUAAAGAAAUACAUAGUGUUGGAUGAUAAUCCAACGGCUAUGAUUGCAUCUGGAGGAACACAAUUAGGCAUCCACCCAUCACCACUAGUGGCAGCAUUUAGUUCCCGGGGUCCGAAUCCCGUAACACCGGAAAUACUCAAACCUGAUUUUAUAGCACCAGGGGUCAAUAUACUAGCUGGUUGGACCAAUACAGGAAGUCCUACCGGCUUAAAUGAAGAUCCUCGGCGUGUUGAAUUUAACGUCGUUUCUGGAACAUCGGUGUCGUGUCCACAUGUAAGUGGUUUAGCUGUACUACUCAAGGAAGCCCACCCUGAAUGGAGUCCAGCAGCUAUAAGAUCAGCUCUUAUGACCACCGCAUACAGCACUUACAAAAAUGGCGAAGAGCUGCAGGAUCAUGCUACUGGAAGCCCGUCAACUGCAUUUUAUCAUGGUUCAGGACAUGUGGACCCUGUUCGGGCCCUUGAUCCGGGUCUUGUCUAUGAUGCCUCGGCUGACGACUAUCUGAGCUUCCUAUGCGCUUUGAAUUAUAGUUCUACUUCCAUUAAGAUGUUUGCAGGUGGAAACUUCACGUGCAUAUUGGGAAAGAAAUACCGAGUAGAAGAUCUUAAUUACCCAUCUUUUGCAGUUCCUUUACUCAUGGCUUCAGGGAAUCGUAAUGGAAGCAGUUCUCCAACCAUCGUCAAGUACAGAAGGAGUCUGAGUAAUGUGGGCACUUCAGGAACGUACAAGGUUUCAGUGUCAUCAAAGAUUCGUGGUGUGAAGAUCACGGUUGAGCCCGAUCAGCUAACGUUCGUGAAGCAAGGUGAGAAGAAGGGGUUUACUGUGACAUUUAUUGCUACUUCCAUGCUAUCAGGGACUACCAGCUUUGCUCGUUUAACAUGGUCCUGUGGAAAAUAUGUUGUGAAUAGUCCGAUAGCUUUAUUAGCGUAA